AUGCCGCCUCCCGGCGUGCCGCGCGUCAGUGACCGUACCGCCUCCCGGCGUGCCGCGCGGGACCGUGCCGGCUCCCCAGGUGGCCAAACCACUUCCACACGUGACGUGUAUGGCCGUACCGCCCCCCACGUGGCCGUACCACUUCGGCACGUGACGUGCGUGACAGUACGACCACCCGGCGUGCGGCACACGACCCUGGCGAGUCCCUGCGCGCUGCCCGCCCCAGAGGCCACCCGCCGCCGUGACCUCUUCCUCCUCCUCGCCGCUGCCCCUGUCGCCGCUGCUGGUGACCCGGCGUCCCCCACUCACAAAGCUCCCAAGGCCAAGGCUCAGAGAGCACAGGCCCCUCCCCAGCCCGACCCCACCCCUACGCCGGCCCGCAUACAAGGUCCACGCACAGGGGUUCCAUCCGCGGCCCCUCGGGCCUUGGCAGCGAGCGAGGCUGAAGUCGUCGAACACGGCCUGGCACCCGGGGCGCUCCGCUCCCUCCUCGGGCACCGCACACUGGUCCUGUGCUCCAACAAGGACGGGUGUCCCCACCGCCUUCAGUACCAGGGGCUUCGGUGCGGAGGCAGCGCGGCACAGCCAGCGGGCGAACACAGAACCCGACUGCUAUGCCCGUGUGCCUGCUGCGGGCCCCUGCCCUCUCCCGGAGCCGGUCUCCUCACGCACAGAAGAAACACGGCGGCCGCGUCACCCCGUGGUGCUGAGGAUGAGAAGCUGCCCGUCUGUAACAGCAACCUGCACGGUAAGCCUUCAAUAAAUGCAGUUAUCAGCAACACCAUCAUUCUUGCACUGGCCAGAUCCUUCUGGAACUUGACUGACUACCAGGCUGAACUGAGGUAG